AUGAAGCUCGAGCUGCUCGUGUUAUCUAUGUUGAUAGUGAUAAGUGCAGCGCGACUCAGGCUCAAACCAAGCCCCCGGAGAGACAUCACAUUUCCCCGGCUCGUUGAACGGCCCGACAUCGACGAGCAAGAGCCAAGUGUCGUGGGGAAGCCAGAAGUUGAGGAAAAACGGCCCAUGCAGAUCGACCCACAGCCUGACCCAGCCGAUAGCAAUGCGGCCAAGCUGCGCCUGAGUGAAAUGCGCCGGAAAAAGGUGAAGAAGGUGUCAGCCACUAGGGAAAACGAAACGACCCGGGUCACGAACAGCAGCAGCAGCAUGGAGCGCAAGCUGCACACGAAAAUCGUCCAUGUUCCGGAGCCAUUCGUCGUACACGUGGAAAAGCCGUACCCGGUGUACAUUGAAAAACCGAUUAUCGUGGAGAAGCACAUCCCGAUAAAAUUGUACAUCACGAAGAAAGAGUCUAAACAUCGUUAA